AUGUCAACGCCAGACGAGUUGAGUGCCCUGAUUCAGAAUCUGCAAAAAUGCAACAACACGAGCGAAUCGAUCAACUUCGAUCUGGCGAGUACCAUCCAGGAGUUUCUCAACUGUCUGGACAGAAAUGCACUGGAGGAAAUAGAAGGGGGAAUAGACGAAAGUGAAAAGGACAAGGAGAGGGAUAAGGAGCAGGACAUCAAACAGGGUAACCAACAGGGUAACCAACAGGGUAACCAACGGGACAGAGAUGUGACGAACAGCUUCACUUCAGCGGCGAUUUUUGUGGAGAACUGUGUUAAAAUUUUCGGCCUAAAAAUCGAACAUCUACACAAUUUGGCACAUAACACGCUGUACAAUAUUUACAAAGAGAAUAAACAUAGCAAUGGAGGGAAGAAGCACAAUGUUAUGUGCGACGAAGAGGAGUAUCUGUUCAUUAACGAAGUAAAGAAUUUAAAAAGUUCGCCUGGGGAUAACGAGGCAUGCAUGGAGGAAGACCUGCUCAUCAAGACAAUUCCCCUUCCAACAUUUCUCUUUUCUGAAAAUGUUAAGAAGAAAGAAGACUCUGUGGAAAUGAGAGUAGGAAUGGAUACCGCCACUGACACAGACAUGGACGUAAACUUAGACAUGGACAUCGAUCUGGUCACCGACAUGAGCAUUCCCCACCUCAACAUCGAUGGUGGGGGCGGUGACCAUCGCAAGAGGACCUCUAGAAUGUCAAGGCAAGACGAAGAAUCUGCAAAUGAGGCCAUCGCUGCAACCUUGGCAAGUGCCCCAUGGACCAAGGGGGAAAAUGACCGCCUAAUCGACGAAACAGAGGAGGUGCUCGAACAAAACUCCAUAAAACCACUAAACUUUGACAAAAUGUACCUGGAAAACGAUGGAAUUCUUCUUCUAGACAUCAACGAUUACAACAUUUUCAUAAAUGACCAAUACGACUUUUCCAUUUUAAACCAAAACAGUUCCAUGCUUUUCGAAAAGUACGACUUCUCUUGCUCCAGACACUCAACAUAUUUCUCUCCCGCCAAUUUGAAAAAAUAUAUUGACAAGGAAAAAACGGUGAAUGACAUUUACAACCUCUACAAUUUUAAUGACCUCCUAAAUCAUGAAUUAUGCCCAGAUGUCUUCUUAUUUAAAAAUGACUUUUUCGAUUAUGACCUUUCCCUAGGCGUUAUCAAAAGCAAAAAAUAUCUGUUGAAUAACUUUAAAGAACAGAAAAAGUACCUGUACGUCCUGGACGAAAAUGCCCACAUUGACAAGGAUAGAAUGGGAACUGCCAUGCUUGAAAAAAAUGAAAUAAUAAGAAAAUUGCCCCAGUAUUAUAUGCUUAAUUGCCAAAAUAUCAAACAUGCGGAGGAUUUCUUCAUCUACAUGCAGCCGGGCCAAAUUAUAGACAUCAUAAUUCGCAAUGCAGAGAAGCAAUAUUUUUCAUGCCUCCCUAGGGGGAAGACAUCAUAUAUCAGGCAACAUGACAACACAUCUGUUCCGGACUCCCCCAAUGGAGGGUCUACUCCAUCCGCUACACUACCGGAUACACUUUCACCUAGCCGCUCCAAUGAUCAGAAGCUAUUUGAACAAAUAAAAAUCCCACACAUAUAUAUCCAAAAACUCGGGCUCAACUUCGACUACUACCAUUUGGAUCCCCUCAUCCACAAUUUAAUAAAAGAAUUGAAAAAAAAAAAAAAUGUCGAAAAAUACUUCUCCCUAAAUUUGUUUGAAGAGAAAAAUAACUACGACUUCGACAUUUUGCAGGACGAAGAGUACGUAGACGAUCAGAAUGAAGAAAACGCAAUCACUCGGGGGGAGUGUAACAUAACCACUGAACACUUUUUAGAUGUGCGAUCAUUAAAUGAUGGCAUGAUAGAUGACAUUCCUCUGGAUGUCUUUGAAAAAAAGGACUCCUCCGACGCGUUUUUCGCUUCCUUCGAUGAGGACAUUCACGACAGAGUCAACAAAUGGAACGUCUUCCUCGAAGAAAAACUUCAACUCCUCAGGAAUCACCCCAAAUAUGAUGUAGACGUGUACAAAAAAAACAUCAUCCACUACACCAUUAAUAGCGGAGACAAAAUCCCCCUCUGUGAUCUCAUCAAACAUAGGGAACCCUACCAAGUGUGUAGGAAUUUUCUCACCACCCUCAUGUUAAUAAACACAGAUAUGCUUCAAAUAAGUCAAGUCAAUAAACGCAGCCAGUCUAACGACGUAAGUAACUACCAAAUUAAUGUGAAAAAGGAAAACGUCCAGGAAUACCUUGGCUCAUCGAAAAAUAUUAAAAAUGUCAGUUUUGUUAUCAAGGAUAAGAAGAGAAAGACCGCCUCCAGGGGGGGGACGCAGAAUGCCAAGCCCGCGAAAAAGAAAGCCCACAAGGAUUAG